GAGCUAAUAUGUCAAAUAUUGAGAAGCAAAUUUAAAAGCAAAGAAAACUCAGCAAUGAUGUUGAAUACACAUACAAUUCUACAGAAAUAUUUACAAACUCGUCUUUCUUUGAUGAGGAGAGAAGUUAAGAUUUUUAAGAUGAUAAUUCAUCAGUUGAAGAAGACUUUUAAGAUAAUUGGGAAAUGUCAUCAAUCUGCACAGAGAAUGUACCUUUUUUCUUUUAAUUAAAGUCUUCUAAUCCAAACUCAAUAGAAGAAAAUCAAACAAUUAAGAGAAUCACAAAAAGACCGAAUCCUGUAAUGCCAAUUAGAGUAGAACCCUUGAUUGAUAAUAGAGCAUUUAUUGAUGCUUCAAAGAGCAUUAAUAAAAAUUCUAAUUCUGGCAAGGGCAUUGCCAUUAACGUGCUUGGACAUGGAUCCAUAUGCAAAUAAAGUAAGAAGGAUAAAAAAUAAUAAAAAUUACUUAGUAAACAAUAUCUUGGUAAUAAUAAUAAUAAUUCACAACAACACUAAAAUUAGAAUCAAUAAAAUAAUAAUUAAAGUGAUUAACUAUAAGGACAUUAAUUAUAAUAAAGAGGAUCAGUAUAGGAAAAUAAAUAAAUUAACUAAUGUUAAAAAGUAACACUAUCAUACUUGUUAAUGGAAAGAGAAGUUGAAAAAUAAGCUCAGAUAAGAGCUAUAAAUUUUAUUGAAAAAUACAUUAAAUAAUAAUAAUAAGUGGAAGAUGUUAUUUAAAUGAUCUAAGAAACCUAUAAAAUUUUAUUAAUACCAGAUUUAUAAAUGUAGCAAUUGGCUGCAGUAUUAAGUUAAGAAGAAAGAGAUUUUUAAUUGAAUUUAUCAUUGCUGCGUUUAAAUUUGAACAAAAAUAUUCAUCCAUUAGCUAAGAAAGCUGAAUCGAAAAUCAAACAGCAUUUUUAAUUACAUUGACCGAUAAUUUAUCAAGACUUGCUAAGUGAAAUGAG